AUGAUGAGCGCCGAUAAAAGUGAGGAAGAUCAAAUGUCCGACUAUGAUAAAACCAGGAUGUGGCUCAUCGUUGGGGGUACAGUCGGCGCGGUCGUCUUGAUUCUCAUUACGGUCUCCGUUAUUUUAAUUAUUAACUUCAUAAAGAGACGGAUUGCAUUAGCAAAAGAAGUCAAGCAACAGGCGCGCAUGCAGAACGCCCCGCGCAUGCCCAGGCGCAGCUCAUUAUCAAGGAACGGGAACAGAAAUGGUCUGCAGACUCAGUCAAACGUGAAUGACGGCGAAAGCCCCCCACCAGCAGAUGCCGCAAAGUGGCCAGGGCCCCCGCACCCAAACGUUUUGUUGCCGCGAACAUUCAACGAUGCGUCCUCCCACGUGAUGCCACCCGUCUCCGUUGGAAUUGCGAUGAAUAGGCCGGUCUCAAGGCCACUUCGGCCGGAACUGCAAGGCGAUCAAGUCGUGGAUUUGCCCCCGGAAUCCAUCCCCGCAGAUUACGUGGACCCGCUCCUGUGGCAAACGGAAGAUCUGGACGAAAACAAUGCCGCUGCAUCACAAAUGAAUGACGAUGAACGCCGCCCGCCCAUCAAACGCCGGGCCUCAUUUGUCUCAUUUGUAGGGGAGUACAAACUUUAG